UGGGGUUGGCUUCACCGUACUCGCCGUCGCCUACCCUCGUAGCCAGCUAGCUUGAGCGAUGAUUGUCAAUAAUGGCGACGCGUUUAUCUUGAGUUUACUUUAACGAACCAUCUGAAGAAAAAACGAAACUCAACAGAACCCAGGACGUUUGGUGACAACAUAAAUGAUAAACCAUCAAGAAGAAAGAAAGCUACUUUAACCCCAAAACGGACUGAGUUACGCAGCGUUGAUCAAGUUGAGGAGGUGGCAUUCUUCUUGCAGAGCAGAGAGGCAAGGCAAUCUGCAGCCAAGCAGUUAUCCAGCUAGCUUGCUAACAAAGGUGUAGCUGCCAUUUCCUGACGAUGUGAUUACUUUACAAUCUUUCGUGUGAUUUUUUUUCGUUGCAAUGUAAUGCAAGGAUUAAGACAUACAGAAAAACAUUGGUCGAUGCCAAAGGUAGCCUCGGAAAACAAUUCAGAGUAGAAAGUGCGUGCCAUUCAACAGCUUUCAAGCUAACGCGUUAGUCUAGCUUGUAGUGCUUGCUAUAUUGAUAGAUAGGUACUUUACACAGCCACUGUAACGGUGAACGACGUUAACGUGUAGCUAGUUAGCUAGUCAGUUUACUGAACUGAAGUCCAGAUCACUGUUGUGUUGGUCUCACCACAUUAAACUAGUAGCAGCUGUUUUCCUGGACAGUCUGUUAACAUUUAGAAGCAGACUUGUCAGUGGAAGUGGCUUGUCAGCAAGGUAGCUAGCUCGGGUCGCUAGCUUGCUAUUACUAUUAUUUUUCUUUGCAAGAUCCUUUUAAAUGACAACCGGAAGGAAUAACCGUGUGAUGAUGGAAGGAGUGGGUGCGAGAGUGAUCCGUGGUCCCGAUUGGAAAUGGGGAAAACAGGAUGGUGGAGAGGGACAUGUUGGCACCGUUAGGAGUUUCGAAAGUCCAGAAGAAGUGGUGGUUGUCUGGGAUAACGGGACUGCUGCCAAUUACCGCUGCUCCGGUGCAUACGACGUGAGGAUAUUUGACAGUGCACCGACAGGUAUAAAGCACGAUGGCACCAUGUGUGACACCUGCCGCCAGCAGCCUAUCAUCGGCAUCCGCUGGAAGUGUGCAGAGUGCACCAACUAUGACCUGUGCACCACCUGUUACCAUGGAGACAAGCAUCACCUUCGUCAUCGGUUCUACAGAAUCACAACACCCGGCAGCGAGAGGGUCCUGUUGGAGUCCCGGCGCAAGUCGAAGAAGAUCACGGCACGGGGCAUCUUCACGGGCGGCCGGGUGGUGAGAGGGGUGGACUGGCAGUGGGAGGACCAGGACGGAGGCAACGGGAGGAGAGGGAAGGUGACAGAGAUCCAGGACUGGAGUGCGGCCAGCCCCCACAGUGCUGCCUACGUCCUGUGGGACAACGGAGCCAAAAACCUCUACAGAGUGGGCUUUGAGGGGAUGUCGGAUCUGAAAUGCGUCCAGGAUGCCAAAGGAGGCUCGUUCUACAGAGACCACUGCCCCGUGCUCGGCGAACAGAACGGGAACAGGAACCCCGGGGGUCUGCAGAUCGGGGACCUGGUCAACAUCGACCUGGACCUGGAGAUCGUCCAGUCCCUGCAGCACGGCCACGGGGGCUGGACCGACGGCAUGUUCGAGACCCUCACCACCACCGGCACGGUGUGCGGCAUCGACGAGGACCACGACAUCGUGGUGCAGUACCCCUCCGGGAACAGGUGGACGUUCAACCCGGCGGUGCUGACCAAGGCCAACGUGGUGCGCAGCGGGGAGGUGGCGGCAGGGGCAGAGGGGGGCAGCUCCCAGUUCCUGGUGGGAGACCUGGUGCAGAUCUGCUACGACAUUGACCGCAUCAAGCUGCUGCAGAGAGGACACGGGGAGUGGGCUGAGGCCAUGCUGCCUACCCUGGGAAAGGUGGGCAGGGUGCAGCAGAUCUACUCAGACAGUGACCUGAAGGUGGAGGUGUGCGGUACCUCCUGGACCUACAACCCUGCCGCCGUCACCAAGGUGGCCCCCUCGGGGUCUGCCGUCACCAACGCCUCCGGAGAGCGUCUGUCCCAGCUCCUGAAGAAGCUGUUUGAGACCCAGGAAUCGGGCGACAUCAACGAGGAGCUGGUGAAGGCUGCCGCCAACGGAGACCUGGCCAAGGUGGAGGACAUCCUCAAGAGGCCCGACGUGGACGUGAACGGCCAGUGUGCGGGACACACAGCCAUGCAGGCCGCCAGCCAGAAUGGGCACGUGGACGUCCUCAAACUGCUGCUGAAGCACAACGUAGACCUGGAGGCCGAGGAUAAGGACGGAGACCGGGCAGUGCACCACGCGUCGUUCGGCGACGAGGGCUCGGUGAUCGAGGUGCUGCAGAGGGGCGGGGCCGACCUGAACGCCAGGAACAAGAGGAGACAGACCCCGCUGCACAUCGCCGUCAACAAGGGCCACCUGCAGGUGGUCAAGACCCUGCUGGACUUCGGAUGCCACCCAAGCCUCCAGGACUCGGAGGGAGACACGCCCCUCCACGACGCCAUCAGUAAGAAGAGGGAUGACAUGCUGUCUGUGCUGCUGGAGGCUGGCGCCGACGUCACCAUCACCAACAACAACGGCUUCAAUGCCCUCCACCACGCCGCCCUGCGAGGGAACCCCAGUGCCAUGAGAGUGCUGCUGUCCAAGUUGCAGCCCUGGAUCGUAGAUGAGAAGAAGGAUGAUGGUUACAGCCUGCACCUGGCCGCCCUCAACAACCAUGUGGAGGUGGCUGAGCUGCUGGUGCACCAGGGCAGUGCCAGCCUGGACAUCCAGAACGUAAACCAGCAGACAGCUCUGCACCUGGCUGUGGAGCGCCAACACACACAGAUAGUCCGGCUGCUGGUGAGAGCGGAGGCCAAGCUGGAUGUGCAGGAUAAGGACGGGGACACGCCCCUCCACGAGGCCCUGCGCCACCACACGCUGUCCCAGCUCCGGCAGAUCCAGGACAUGCACGACGUCAGCAAGGUGGAGCCCUGGGAGCCCUCCAAGAACACGUUGAUCAUGGGUUUAGGAACUCAGGGGGCGGAGAAGAAGAGUGCGGCGUCAAUCGCCUGCUUCCUGGCUGCUAACGGUGCUGACCUGACCAUCCGCAACAAGAAGGGCCAGUCUCCCCUGGACCUGUGCCCUGACCCCAGCCUCUGCAAGGCCCUGGCCAAGUGCCACAAAGAGAAGACCAGUGGGCAGGUGGGCUCGCGCAGUCCCUCUCUGAACAGCAACCACGAGACCCUGGACGAGUGCAUGGUGUGCUCGGACAUGAAGAGAGACACGCUGUUCGGGCCCUGCGGACACAUCGCCACCUGCUCCCUCUGCUCGCCACGCGUCAAGAAGUGUCUGAUCUGCAAGGACCAGGUCCAGUCUAGGACCAAGAUAGAGGAGUGUGUGGUGUGCUCUGACAAAAAGGCCGCCGUCCUCUUCCAGCCCUGUGGUCACAUGUGUGCUUGCGAGAAUUGUGCCAGCCUCAUGAAGAAGUGCGUUCAGUGUCGGGCUGUUGUAGAACGCCGCACUCCCUUUGUUAUGUGCUGUGGAGGGAAAGGUAUGGAGGAUGAUCCGGCUGAUGAUGAUGAUGAUGAUGAUGAUGAUGAUGAUGAGGACCUUAGUAGCACUAACUCUAUGGCAGGGGGCUCACAGGACCUGCUCCAGCCCAACAAUCUGGCCCUGAGUUGGUCCAGCGGUAACAUCCCGGCCUUGCAGAGGGACAAGGACAACACCAACGUCAACGCCGACGUGCAGAAGCUCCAGCAGCAGCUCCAGGACAUCAAGGAGCAGACGAUGUGUCCCGUGUGUCUGGACCGGCUGAAGAACAUGAUCUUCAUGUGUGGCCACGGCACAUGCCAGCUGUGUGGGGACCGCAUGAGCGAGUGUCCCAUCUGCCGCAAGGCCAUCGAGCGCCGCAUCCUCCUCUACUAGACCCCCGGGCCGUCUAUGUCGGCCAACCCCCACCCCCCCCCCCACACACACACACCCGCACACGCGCACACAAAUUCAACACUACAAGAAAACCGGCAAAUGUAAGACUUCUUCUCAAGCAUAACAGUGGGGGCUUCUUUCGAAUGAAGACCUGUUACACAAGUGAAACUCUUAAGACAAACCAACAAGAAAGAAAAAGAAGAAGAUUGAGGUUCCUCUCAACGUUCUCUUGUCUCAGCUUCGGCCUGUAGCAAAAAGCUGUCCCGGGUGCCCCAGCCCCCCCACCCCCCACC